AUUCGCGCAACUUUUGAAUUUGAUUAUCCUAAACACCGAGUAUGAAAAAAUGACAUGUAAAGCAUGCAAAAUAGAAACUAAUGAUGUAGUUAAACAUGCUGUCUUAGAAUGCCAAGCAGUAAUUUCACUUCGAGACAAUUUGUUUGAACGCAUCGUAGAUAUUCUAGAUCCCAUUGAUUCUGUUGCAUUAUUUAAUGCUGAAGACAACAUUUUGAUAGAAGCCUUAUUGGAGGCACAUGUCCUCCAAAAUUGUAAGCAAGAAAUCUGGGAGCAAUACAUUUCAUAUUGCGCAAUUAAGAUCUCUAAUCUUGUCCAGUACCUUACUCAAUUUAACUCAUAACAUGAUUGCAAUCAUGUAAUAGAAAACAAUACAUGAAUAUCUGUAUGAUGUACAUAUGUUUAUAUUUUAUUAUUUUAUCGCAUCCAUGUGUUUUUAUUAUUUAUUUUUUAUUUGUUUGUUGGUUCACAUGUUUCGAUGUUUGUUGAAUUGAUGUAAUUUUAUAUUGUGAGUUUUAUAUUUGCACGUUGAUUGUACUCUUCUAUAUAAGGAGGAAUAAAAAGCAAUACAAUACAAUACAAUACAAUACAAUACAAUACAA